AUGUCGUCAGCUCGCAUGAACGGGAUUUUGCUUUCGCCUAGUCGCUCUUCACAGACGAAUAUAGCACAAAAGCUACAGACAAUUUUAACCGCUUGGCAGAGUGAAAACACAAAUCCCAGUUAUGACCCAAAGCCAACACUUUUAAGCAUUGCUGAAUUGGUUGAAGCUGCGUUUGAAGAUUUCUUAAUGCAAGAUCCUGAUCCAUUAGAUGAUCGUCACCCAGCAAAGACUCAUCCUCUUUCUACGAUGGGACACAUCUUAAAAAUGCUAUUCCGUUAUGAAGAAUUCAUUAACAAGCUGGUGGUAUCGUAUCUGAUGGCACGAGAUAAUGUAGAACUGAAUACAAUAGCUGCACGCCUUCUCUUGGACAUAUGUCCAGGGCUUGAUGCCGACGGAACUUUUUCGGAACAAGACGACUUAUUGCCUCAGUUAUAUGCUUGGGCGAGCAAUUCAGAGACUGACAAGUGUUUGCGGGCAUAUUCUUUUGGUUUGAUUGCAGUUGCUCUGGACGCUACAGAUGUCGCGUCUCGGUUUAAGGCGGAGAACUUUCGUUUAAUCCCUGAUGCACUUUCUCGUUUGAACACACUUUAUGAGCAAAUGAAAGCUGACAGAGCCCGAGAAAGUGAGGUGGUCGAAGACGCAAUAUACAUGCGCAUUGACCAGGAAGGACCCUAUUUGUCUGAAGAAGGUGAGAGAAGUGAAAGAGAUUUAGCAGAUUCGUCAAAUGUACCAUUAUGCAGUGAAGAUGACGGGCCUUUUAAAAAUAUGCCGAAUGAAUCAUUUCACUCUGGAAACAGACCCUCUUUGGCAAAGGUGCUAGGUGGGAAAAGAAGGCAUGAAAAGACAUCAAGAUCUUUUGAGAGAAGAGAAGAAAGAGUGGAUUCUGAUCGUACUGUCAAUGGGGAUUUCCGCAUUGGACACCAGUCUUGCUUGAGAACAGUUACACCACUGAAAGUAAAAGUCGACCAGCUUUUUAACGAGAAGGAUUGUUUACCUGAUGCUGGUGGCGGACGAGAAGAUCUUGUUGGUAGUCCACCUCCAAAACGCCUUCGAAAAGAGCAGACUGUGUCUUCAGUUUCUCACUCAAGCUCUAUUCUUGCUUUGGCUGACAAUCGCAGUAAUAGCCAGUGGACAAUGCAGCAAAAAAACUAUGUUGGUGAACAUCGGGUAUAUCCCUUGACCUCUGUUAUGGAGCAACGGUUAAUACUCCAGUAUUUAACGUUUACUGGUGAAUAUCAAGAUCUUCUCAAACUUGCAUACGAACAUCGCGCCAUUGUAUUCAUAAAAGAGGUGCUUCGAAAUGGAAACAAUUUAGACCCUGGUUUGCUGUGUGAUACUCUUCGAUAUUUGUGUUCCUUAUUGGUACACAGGAAAGUUGCUUUGGAUUUCGUUGCUUCCGGUGGUGUUGAGUUAUUGAUUAGUGUUAAGAGAACUUCACUUCCAUCAGUAGUAGUUGGCAUGUGUUUGUAUUAUCUUGCUUAUAACUGUGAUGCUAUGGAGUCAAUUUGCCUUUCAUCUGGGGAAGUCUUGACCCAUGUUGUUGAUUACGUUUUAUGGCUGUUAGAACAUAGCUACGAAAGCGGGCGUGCUGCAGCUUCUAUGUUUUUUAUAUACUCUUUCCAGUUUCGUCCUAUAAUUGAGCGCUUUGACGAAAACGAUGGCUUGAGGCGAUUGCUUAACUAUAUAUCGACUUUGACUUUUUUGCAAGAAGAGCCAGAUGAAAUCUUAACCGAUGAGCAUAUGUAUACUAGUCUUCAAGCCGUUAAUCACACUUGUGUCGCUUUUAGGAGUUAUAUGGCAGCCCAUGUUUAUAUGAAAGUGGACUACUUGAGGAAACAUUAUUUACCGCGCUUGCAAGUUAUACCGAAUUUGAAAAUACCUGCUUGCUUCCCCCACGGGACACAGCCAAACAGACCGAUGAAAUUGGACGAUGAAGCAUUAGCAGACUGUGUUUGGUUAUUGUUACAUACAAUAAGUAUGUCAAGUACAUGGAAGCCUGUCGAAGAUAUGCGUCGUUUAGGAAUCAUAGAAAAACUCCUUUUUAUUAUUGGAGAGGCAGGCAACUGGACCAAUAUGAAUAUCAGAAACGAAAUUGUCAAAAGCUCCUUAGAUGUGAUUUGGAUGUGCUCUACUGUACCACGCGUACAACUAGACCUUUGUGAGUGCUUUGUUAAAAGCCACCGUAAUAUCAAUUGUGAAGCUGUGGGGUUGCUAUUGGAAACUUGUGAGGGCGAAAUUAUGCCGGAAUUAGAACUUCAAACAGCAGCUCUGAAAGUCAUUAUAAAUUUCGUCUGCGCCCCGACGGAGAGGAUAGCUGGUGGUCGGUUGGCUAUUACCGCUAAAGAUACAGUAUUGGGGUCAAUUUCAAACGUUUCUGUAAGCUCUACAGAACGCAGUACUGCUUCGGGAAGUAAAGCAAUGGUGAUUGCUAAUGCAGGCAAGCUUAAAAAGUUCAAGAAAACACAUUUAGACGCGGCGGAUGUGCUUGAAAAAAUGUGGGAAGCAGUACGCAGAAAUAAUGGCAUUAUGGUUUUGAAGAACCUCUUAAAAAUUAAGACCCCGAUCACAUCUGCAGACGCACUUCGUGCAAUUGCAUGCCGAGCACUCAAUGGACUCGCAAGAUCAGAAAGUAUCAGACAAGUUUUAAGCAAGAUGCCUUUAAUAGCCAAUAACGAGCUCCAUGGUUUGUUGCGUGAGCCAAUCCUUCAAGAAAAGCGUGUCGAGCACAAUCUUUUUUGUGAACAGGCUCGUUUGCUUAUAGAGAAAGUUACUCAGAAGCCUGUAUAUGACUUUCCUAAGGACAGUACGCAAGAAAAAUUAUGGAGACAGUUUAUAGUUAAUCAGACAAAGAUUGUAUUUAAUGAAAAAGAGCUUCUUCAACUUAUUCAUUUACACCUGAUAAAGUGUGGUUUAACGAAAACGGCUGCUGAAUUGCGGACUGAGGCUGAUUUGCCAAAUGUUCCUGCUAGUCGUGUUGCCAAGAAUCUUGUAAUAAAUUUACCAUUGGUGAGUGAAAAUUUUUUUAUGUGUUACUCAAGUCUUACGCCUUCUAACUGUUCUGAGUCAAUUGAAAAUUUGGCUACUUCUUCCCUAGAAUCGGUGUGUAAGACGCCCUGUUCCUCUUCACGAACGUCACAAGAAAGCUUUACUUCGGAUUUUUCGAAAAAGCAGCUCAAAAGCUUUCAUCAAAAGCACAGCGGUGUUGCCGAAGCCAACUUAUUUGGAGGACGUGUUUUUUCUAAACGCCUGCAUUUUAAAACUGUUAACACAGGAAACCCUGUGUGGGGUCAUCGAGAACAUGCAGCCAAAGCUCCCUUGAUGCCGUACAAAAACCUUGAUGAAAUCAUUGUUGAGUACUUCAGAAAGCAGCAUGCAGCAUGUCAAAAUCCGAUCACAACUUGCCCGCCGUUUUCUCUCUUCUUUUCACACCAUUGCCCAGACCCUGGAAGGAAGAGACUGCUGCAACCGUUCGUUCGAAAACACGAGGGUUUUGUUCUGGACAAUCGGUUCGCCUUCAGUCGCUUAAGACCGACUAGAACAUUUACAGAAAAUCAGGAGACGUUUACCUGCUGUAGCUUCUCUGUUGGUGAUUUGUCAUUUAGUUCGAAGGUUGACGAUGAACAUAUAUUGCUUGGUACAUACGGGGGUGCCCUACACUGGUUCAACAUUUAUACAGGCAUUGAGGAGUCAAAUACGGAAUGUCAUCAUAGCGCUUUGAGCGCAGUUGAGCAGUCAAAGGAUGGGUCUUUGCUUUUGACUUCGUCCUGCUUUGUAAAACCGCUUUCUUCCUUGUGGCGAAUUACGGAGACUCAGGAGCACAUGUUAAAUUUUCGAGAGGAAUCGUUUGUUGAGUUUAGUAAAAGGUUACAAGACAAAAUUGUUGGGACAGCGCGAAAUAAAGCAACGGUGUAUGAUGUUGAAAGUGGUAGAGCUAUUGUUACUCUGUACGACGAGUGUCUCGCAAACCAUUACAGUCGGAACAGGGCCACCUUUGAUACUACAGAUGACCUGGUCCUCAACGACGGCAUUUUAUGGGAUAUAAGAAGUGCUUCGCGGCCUGUCCAUAAAUUUGACAAGUUGAAUACCUUGAAUAGUGGCGUUUUUCAUCCACACGGCUCUGAAAUCAUUAUAAAUACGGAAGUUUGGGACGUUCGUACAUUCAAACUUCUUCACAGUAUCCCUGCGCUGGAUGAAUGUAAAAUUGUUUUCAAUGCUAGUGGGAACAUUAUUUAUGGAGCUCGGCAACUAAAUGAGGAUGAAAUGGAUGGCAGGUUUUCAGAAACCCUCGCAGCAUCUUUCAGGACCUUCGAUGCUACUGAUUACCAUUUGCAGGUGAUCGCCACAAUAGAUGCUAAGCGUAGUUUGUUUGAUUUGUGCGCAGAUCAUCAUGAUGAAUAUAUGGCGAUUGUUGAAACUCAUAUAACGUCUGAUGGCUUAGAUGGUAUGAAGGAAAACUUGUGCCGUCUAUAUGAAGUUGGUAAAAAGCGUGAUGUGGAAGAUCUUGAUGAAGAGGAGAGGGAUGAGACGAAUGACGAUGAUGAUGACGACACUUCUUCGAGCGACGCAGGGUCGUCUUUCAGUCAUUCCGAUGAGACCGCUUCAUCGUCAUCCAUUGAAGAUUUGAACCUGGAUGAAAGUGACACCACGCAAAGCGAUGAAGACGGUAGUUCGGAGGAAGGUUCGAGUAGAGGCAGUACAAAUGAAGAGUCAUCAGUGAAUGAUGACGAAGAUGGUGAAGCACCCGAAGCUAGUGCCGGUGAUCAUGAAGCUGUAUUUCCUAAUCGAGACGAUGACGGCGAUGAUGGGGAUAUUGCUGGCUUUAUCAGUAAUCAUGAUCUGGAAAUACUGCGAGCUCUGGAUGACUCAGAUAGCGGCGAUGCUGAACUGGAUGUUACUUAUAAUCCAGAAAAUGAUGAAAGCGCACCCCAUCCAGGAACAAGUUCUAUCAUUUUGAAUCCGGUGUUGAGGCGUCAAAGACGAAGAGAGCAGCAGUAG